GGCUGCGCCUUGCGCAUGCGCGUGGUGGCGGGGGCGGCAGCGGCGGCUCCGGAGCGAGCGUUUCCCUGAGGCCAAAACAAGUCGCGGGGGGCCGGGGCGGGGGGCGCUGGGCCCGGCGGUGCCCGUGUAUCGAGCGGCUUCCACGUUUCCAGUCAUGGAGGCGGAGCAGAUCAUGGAGGGGCAGCCACAGGUUCCAGAAAACCCCCAUUCUGAGUACGGACUCACUGAAAACGUAGAGAGGAUAGUAGAAAAUGAGAAAAUAAACGCAGAAAAAACAUCAAAGCAGAAGGUGGAUCUCCAGUCAUUACCCACGCGUGCCUACUUGGAUCAGACAGUUGUACCUAUCUUGCUACAGGGACUUGCUGUUCUUGCAAAAGAGAGACCGCCAAAUCCCAUUGAAUUUCUAGCAGCGUAUCUUUUAAAAAACAAGUCACAAUUUGAGGACCGAAAUUAACUCCACUAAAGUGAGGACAUUUUGGCUGCUAGACUGAAAUGCUUAUUGGUCGCAAUUUAUUUUCUGCUGUAAAAAUCCUUUAGAAACGUGACUGUCUUUUUUAAUCGCGCAAUUUGCUUUAACUUCCGAGUUAUUUAAUAAAGAACACUUCACAUUUCAUUUGUUCACUUGUUUUAAACUAGCUAGUAAAAGACUUUGAAAAUAAAGUACUGAAACUGCA